AUGGAACCAAUGAAGCCACACAUCCCUCCGUUAAACAUAUCGAAAUCCAACUCCAAUCUACAGGACUCCCACGAGCACAGCAAUACACAGAGUCGAUUCUACACCACCUGGGGCUCAUCUGAGAUGACGCCUCCCUUAACACCACACACCCAAGAGACAAAUAUGGAACCCAUGGAGGCACCGAGGCCUGUCUUCCACAACUACCUAAGAGCCUUCUAUCCUUUUCACCCGGCCGGCGAUGUCUCCCCGUCCACCGUUACUCUGCCCCUGGAACAGGGCGAUAUCAUCUUGGUCCAUUCCGUUCACACCAAUGGCUGGGCCGAUGGUACUUUAUUAGAUUCCGGGUAUCGAGGCUGGCUCCCCACGAAUUACUGCGAGGCGUACGACCAACAGCCGAUGCGUCCCUUGUUGAAGGCCUUGACUGAUUUCUGGGAUAUCAUUCGAGGAGGAUGCGGGUCAUCACUAAAAGAUUUCGGAAACCAGGAUCUCAUGAGAGGUCCCAUAGCGGGCGUCCGGUUUUUGCUGGAAAAAUGCGAAUGUCUGAAGAGAGAGUCUGCCCUGGUACAGAGAUAUGAUGGACUUCGCCGACUCCGCAAGGCUUUGCUGUCUGACCUUUCUUCGCUGGUGAAAGCAGCGAAGAAGCUCCAGGAAGCGGCGAACGGGAGCCCAUCCGAAGAUGAGGUCGAACACAUCUUGGAUGAGAUGCUUCUCAAGGCGUUCAAAAUCGUCACUCGUGGAGUUCGCUUCCUCGACGUAUGGAAUGAAGAGGUCGGCCUGAGCAGGACUAUCGCCGGCAUGGAUGGACCAGCCGACGGCCAGAAUGAUCUACCGCCAACCCCGGCUUCCGAGAACUUCAACAUUGGCGAAGACGACUGCCCCGAAAGAAAUGAGUCCCGAAUGCUGGAAUCCCGACAGAUGGAAUCAAGGCAAACGACGCGGAGCCGCAUGGAUAUGAGCCGAAUGUCAAUGAAUAUGAGCCGACUGUCGAUGCGCACCGACAUGAUGGACCCCCCGCCCAGACCGAUCUCUGUCUCCGCCAAGAGAGUCUCUGUCUCGCAUCGCAUGUCAGUGUCCGGUCCCUCGGCUGCGAUCUGUGCGCAGAACUUGGCAUCCGAGCGACUUGGCACAACAUACGAUGGGUUCCUCGGCGUCCUCGGCUCGUUCAUUGGGCUUCAUAUGCAGUCUCGCUCCUCGACCGAGCUUGUUGCGACGACCCAACAGGCUAUGCAAUCUUGCAGAGCUUUCCUCAACGUCGUGGAGGCUGUCUGUGCGCACGACACUCAGCGUAGUGUGUUGCUCGACCAGGCACGCGACUCGAUGGUCGAGAGGCUGUCGCAACUUGUCCACGCCGCCCGCGACGUUUCCUGCCCUUCGAAUCUCCCCGAAGAUGACAUGGUAUAUAUGCCGGACGAUGGAAAACAACUAGUCGAAGCUGCGACGCUGUGUGUUCGCGCUGCUGGUAACUGCCUGGCCAAGGCACGUUUGGUCCUGGAACAAAUUGGAGACAUGGAGCUUGAGCCUGAGAAUGACGGCGCUGGACAGGAGCCCAUGGACUCCGAACACUCAGAGACUCCCGUCGCAGAAUAUGAGCGUCGUCUCCCACCUCCUCCCAUUCAAAUUCCCAGCACAACCUACUCUCCCCCUACACCUGCUCUCACCGACGCCACUACACCCUCUUCAUUCCAGUCUCACAUGGCUCACUCCCCUGCCAAUCACUCUGCUCUCUCAUCUAUUCCCAACUCGGCUGUCCUCCCGACACACCUGGAGAACAUCUCCUCCUUCUCUUCCACCGACAGUGGCUACCGCGAAUCUCACAAAUCCGACAUGGGUGAGUCAUUUGGACGCGGUAUCACUUCCAACGGCAGCAGCUUUACAUACCACAGCCGCGCUCGCGACUCCGAGAUGAGUGGUCUUUCGCAAACCUCGACGCGGGCUACCUCCCCCGAUAUUGGCGGUAGCUUCCAAGGCAGUUUCAAGGUUCCCUCGCUGAAGGAGAGUGUCAGCUACUCUACUCUCGCGGAAGAGAACGAGGAGACGGAGGCCAACAUUCUUGCGAAGACCUAUGCUCAUGAGCUCAUCUAUAAGGAAGGCUCGGUCAUGGGCGGUAGCCUUCGUGCUCUCAUCGAGAAAUUGACCGCUCAUCAAUCGACACCUGACGCUUUGUUCGUGUCAACCUUCUACCUCACUUUCCGUCUCUUCGCUAGUCCACUCGAGUUCGCCGAAGCUCUUGCCGCUCGUUUUGAGUACAUUGGUGAUACCCCCCACGCUGCCGGUCCCGUCCGUCUUCGUGUCUAUAAUAUCUUCAAGGGCUGGCUCGAGUCUCACUGGCGCCAUGAUCGCGACAACAUCGCUCUGGAAUUCAUCGUCCAUUUUGCUAGGACAAAACUUGCAGCUGAUCUUCCUACUGCUGGUAAGCGUUUGCUUGACCUGGCAGAGAAGGUGUCAGCUGUUGGUGGUCCUGUUGUGCCGCGUCUGGUCUCUUCUAUGGGAAAAACUAAUACCUCGAUUGCCCAAUACAUCCACCCCGAUACUCCCCUCCCCCCUCCUGUCCUUGGCAAGAAGGAGCACAACUUGCUGAAGCAAUGGAAGAACAACGAGGCCUCCAUCACCAUUUUGGACUUCGACCCCCUUGAGCUCGCCCGUCAAUUGACAAUCAAGGAAUCGCGUAUUUUCUGCGCCAUUCUUCCGGAAGAGCUUCUUGACACUGAAUGGACCCGAAAGUCUGGCUCAUUGGCUGUGAACGUCCGUGCCAUGUCCACUCUAUCAACGGACCUCGCGCAUCUCGUUGCCGACUCCAUUUUGUGCCUCGAGGAGCCCAAGAAACGUGCUACUACCAUCAAGCACUGGGUUAAGAUUGCUGGGAAGUGCCUGGAGCUGAACAACUAUGAUUCCCUCAUGGCGAUAAUUUGCUCCUUGAAUUUGUCGAUGAUCUCGCGCCUGAAGAAGACCUGGGACAUCGUCUCCCAAAAGACCAAGACUUCCCUCGAGCACCUUCGCGGCAUCGUUGAUGUCUCCCGCAACUAUGCGGUUCUCCGCCAACGUCUUCAAAACCAUGUGCCCCCCUGUCUCCCCUUCGUCGGCACCUACCUUACCGAUCUUACCUUUGUCGACCACGGCAACCAGUCUUUGCGCACACUCUGCACCGACGAGAGUGAGAUGGACGUGAUCAAUUUUGACAAGCACAUGAAGACAGCACGUAUCAUCAGCGAACUCCAGCGAUUCCAGAUCCCCUACCGCCUCACCGAAGUUCCUGAACUUCAGGCAUGGAUGCAAAAUGAGCUAGUGCGCGUGCGUUCCAACGGCGACGAGACAACCAGCCAACUCUUCUAUCGCCGCUCAUUGGUUCUUGAACCCAGAGAACAAUCUCGCAGUGCAAACACCCUGCACUCUCAGGACUCAAGUCCUCCCUCUAUCCUUGACAACGCCAAGGACAAGUUUGACUUCCUUUCCUGGACCAACCAAGGCAAAGUCAAGUCUGUGCCGACCCAUGGCUAA